AUGUCGAAUCAGAAGUCCGUUGACUCUUCACUUUGGUGGGAUUCUUUCUCAUCGCUUCUUGGUGAACUAGAAAACGCCUCGCUCUCCUCCGACCUACCUCCACAGCUAGCGGCGAAGCUUAAGCAGAAUCAUGGCUGGUUCGUGGAAACCGUGUCUCGGUUUAAGCCGCCAAAUGCCAGUUCCAAAGAAGCUCUGAACGCGGAUAAACUGAAAAUUGGGUCUCAUGAAUUGAGUAUAAAACCUCAACUGAAAGAUAAAGCUCUCCGGAUUAGUUCCUGUGCGUCGUUAGAUGAAGUGCAGUCGUAUAUUCUUGUGGAGAGGUCUCUCGAACGCAAUGGUUUAUCCAUUGACUCAAUUGCAGAAGAAUACAUGCACCUGGCAUUGCUUGAUUUCUACAUUGAGCGACAAUGCUUGCUCAAGUGUACGAGGCAAAUUCUGAUGCAUGCAUUAUUGGUUGGAAUUAGCUCCAAAGGAGAGAAUUUUAUUAGAGACGAGGGAUUGAAGUUAAUUUCUGAUGGGUUGGAGCUUAAAUUGAUCUCUGUUCUUCAGGACCUUCUAUCUGUUACUCAUCCCGUCCAGAUGGAUGUUGACCUUGUCAGUUUAUGGGCUGAAGAGACUUUGAUUGAAGAUAACUUGGUCUUGGACAUCCUCUUUCUGAUUUACUAUGAGUCUCUUUGCAUAUGUAAUGGUGAGAUGUGGAGAAAGAUUUGUUCACUAUACAGGGGGAUUGUAUCUGGGUCUUUUAACUUUGGAAAGUUGGCAUUAUCAACUGAAGCAGUGAAGUCUUGUUAUCAAGCCAAAGUCCAGCUACUACUUAUCCUCAUAGAGACGCUGGAUCUUGAAAAUCUUCUUCAGUUGGUUCAUGAUGGAACUCCUUUCAGUAAGGGAGUAUCUGGGUUCACUGUCACUGAUAUCCAACAAAUGGAUUCAUUAAUAUCUGGUUUUGAUGUGUUGGAGGAGAAAGAAGUAGCAGGGUUGCUUUUUGCAUGGGCAGUGUUUCUCUGUCUAAUUACUUCCCUUCCAGUGAAAGAGCAAGCUGAUGUGGUAACGGAUAUUGAUCAUGUUAGUUAUGUACGGCAAGCAUUUGAAGGUGCAGCUUUAAGCUACUUUCUGGAAAUUCUUGAAAGUGACAUGUUGCACGAGUCAGAUGGGCCUGUGGCUGGUUACCGUAGUGUUCUGCGAACGACUAUUUCGGCGUUUAUUGCCUCAUAUGAAAUUAAUAUCCAGUUGGAAAAUCGUAGCCUGAGUCUCAUUCUGGAUAUUCUUUGUAAAAUUUAUCGUGGGGAGGAGUCGCUUUGUGUUCAGUUCUGGGACAAGGAAAGUUUUAUUGAUGGCCCAAUCAGGUGUCUUUUGUGCAACUUAGAGGGUGAAUUCCCAUUCAGGACUUUGGAACUUGUUCAUCUUUUAUCUUCCCUCUCAGAAGGAAGUUGGCCUGCAGAAUGCGUGUAUACUUUCCUUGAUAGAUCUGUUGGCAUAUCAUCAUUGUUUGAAGUUACUAGUGACUCCAUUGUCGACAAAGCUUCACAGAUUGUUGAGACGCGACAGCCAUUGCGUAUUCCUGGAAUUGAAGGCUUGGUUGUGCCUCCAAAGACUCGUGGGCAGAUUCUGAGAGUUCUAAAUGCUAAAAAUGCCCUAGUACGAUGGGAGUAUAAGCAAUCAGGGCUGCUUAUCUUGCUUAUGCGUCUGGCACAAUCACUGCAAUGUGAGGGCAACAAAGAAGGAUUUCUCAUUCUUGACCUUCUUAGACGAUUGGUCUCAUGUAACUCUGGUGUUACUUUUUCUCUAAUGGACAUUGGCAGUACAUUUUAUCGGAUACCAGCUGGACCAAGCAAUCAGAUGGAAAAGAAUUCGUGGGUGGUUGAGAUCAUCUGUGCAGUAAUAAGAAAUUCAUCUCCGAGCUCUGCUGGUGCUGUACAAAUGUCAAUGGGAGCCAGUAUUUUGGCAGAGAUGAUUAAGUGUGCUCCAACUGUUGUUGCUGUGGCUGUAAAAGCAAAUAUUUUUGAGAUGGCUUCGAGGACCAGUAUGUUUGACUUUGGGAAUAAAGGCUCGUCAAGUGGGUCUUGGCUGCCUUCUGGAAAACUUGCAAAGAUGCUCCUAAUUGAUUCUGAACAGAACAAUUAUGAUAUCCCAUUGGUUAUAUCAGUUCUUGACUUUACGAUUAACCUGGUGGAAAGGAGAAUCGAAAGCGAUUCCGUACUUGCAUUAGUUGCUUUCUGUCUACAAUAUGUUCUAGUUAAUCAUGACUCUUGGAAGUACAAGGUGAAGCAUGCUCGAUGGAGAGUAACACUAAAGGUAUUGGAAUUGAUGAAAACAUGCAUUGCAGCAGGCUCAUAUCUAGAAAAGUUGGGAAUUAUCAUCCGUGAUUUGCUGCUAUGGGACUCUUCAAUUCACAGUGCAAUCUUUAGACUCGUCUGUAAUAAUAAGCAUACCUUGGAGAGACUCCAUAGCAGCCGUCUCUUUGAACUGACUGAGAUUGAAGGAUUUGAGUUUGCUAUAGGUUCUGCUUUAGAUGUUAUGUACAUAAUGCUAUCUGAGUUCUCCAAGGAUAUUUCUAGCAAUAUACCUUUAUUUCAUCAAGUAGUGCUUUUAUCUGCGGAAAAACCAGAUUCUGUUGCUGCUGCUGCUAUAUCCUUGUUGUCAUAUACCCAAAAUCCGACAGUGCAAGUUGGUGCUGCUAGGGUGCUAGCGAUGUUGUUGAUUACGACUGAAUAUUUACAACCAUAUCUGUCUGGUAAUGUGUGGUUUGUCCUCGAUAAUAAUCAGAUUACAGAUUUAACAGAAUAUUUCGGACGUGCUCUCUUUGAGCUGUUGGAGCACAAUGAAGAUCUAUACAUUUCUCUAAUGAAUGUGUUCACUUCUGCCGCAUGUUAUAAGCCUGCUUUUCUUGUAUCCAUAUUUUCUCCAAAUGAUAUUGCUGGAGUCAAGGUGGGUGAUAACAGUCAAACAAAGAUGCCAACAAGCAAAAAAAUUCAUGGUGCACCAGCGUCCAAGAAAGCAAGUUUAUCAGAUGAUUUGAUGACAUACGUGGAAAGAUCUAAUGAUCUAAUUACAAGCAAUCCUCGCAUACUGCUGAGUGUUUUACAUUUCGUGAGGGCCUUGUGGCAAGGGGCUGGACACUAUAUUACUAUCAUAGAUUCCUUGAAGAGUUCUGGGAAAUUCUGGAAGCACUUGUCCGGUUGUAUCUCAUCAGUUGCUGCUUCCAAAAAUGUUUCCCUUGAAAAAUUGUCUGAAAUGGAGGCGCACAGCUUAGCAUUGAAAUAUAAGUGCCAAUCUGCAAUUUUGGAAAUAAUGGCAUUUGAUAUGUUUCUGGAGAAAAAGUUGAUGCAUGCUGAGUUGCUUCUGAAGGGAGCCUCUCAUACAGAUAGGAAGCGAGAAAGUGCACCAAGCUCAGGAAGAUCGGACUCAGAUCAAUCUGGCACAAGAGAUGUAUGGGCAAGUUGGUGUGAAAAAUCUAUACUUGGCAGCCUGAUCAAUGCAUAUACGUCUUGUGAAUAUGAAAGCAAAAUCUUUUAUCACUCAAAGGUCGCAUCCAGUUUGUUUAGUGUCCAUGCAAUGGGGAAAUUUGCGAAAGGAGAUUCUGGAAGUUUGUCUGUUUCCUUGCUUGAGAAGAUUGGGAAAGAUUUUGAAAAUUUAAGCAGUCAGCCUGCAUUUUUGGACUUGGUGGCCCAAUAUUCGCAUCGUGGUUACAGUGAAGGAGACAAACUCAAAAUUCUAAUACUCGAUGAUCUAUACUAUCAUCUUCAAGGAGAACUUGAAGGCCGGAUAAUAGAGCAUGGGGCAUUCAAAGAACUUACUCAGUAUCUGGUUCAGUCAAAUUCCUUUGAGAGUUAUAAAAGAGAGUACGAUAAUGGACAUCUUCCAUCUACAAAAGAGGUUUAUUUAUAUGAUCUCAAAUGCUUAAAGAAGGAUUUGGGACUAGAUUUGUGGGAUUACACGAGUUGGAAAGCCUCAAAAGCAAUUGCAGAGAAUAUGCUGGACUACAUGCAGGAAGUGAACUCAAUGCUUUUGGUUUUGAGUUCGAAGCAUUCUGCCCUCAGGGAAUUGACAACCAUCUUUAACAUCUUCUAUGACAAUCAAUCUAAGAAGGACAAUGCUCAUGGAAUGUUUUCAAUUCAACAAUGUGUUGCUUGCAUCGAUCACAUUUGCAAACAUAUUCACACCGCUACUGAGUUGGCAUCUUCAAGUGAAGAUGCAUCUCAAGAGAUUCUCGAUCUCAUCGAAGCACAGGCUGAAUUGCUUCUCUGCCUGAUAAGAUACAUACAAACUGGUUUGCCUUUGUCGACUGUCAUGUUCGUCUUAAAAACAUCAGGUGCUGGCCUCAAGAUUCUCGCCGACUCCAAGUCAUAUCGAGUCUUGCCUACAAUGUCUACGAAGCUUCUAGCUUUGGUCAUGCUACUGGCACUGGAAUCUUGCACAGGUUCUGAUAAAAUCGAUGGACUUUCAAAUACCUGUAUGGGGUUAUUGCCCAUCUUGUGCAAGUGCAUGACUGGUGCUGCCGAGCAUUCCGCCAUCUGUUGUACCACGACUGAUUUAAUAUUGAGAUGUUUCGUGACCCCAAACACUUGGCUUCCACUUAUAAAGGAGCAUCUUAGGUUGCCCCAUGUCAUCCAAAAUCUGCAAGAUGAUGGCAAGUGUCGCCUCUCAACCAUACCAACAGCAACAGCAAUAACAACAAUGAAGUUUCUUCUCACUCUUGCUCGUGUGAGAAGUGGUGCUGAGAUGCUCCUUGCUUCCGGCUUUUUGCCAUCCCUUAGAGUGUUGUUCGAGAAAGACGAGAAGCCACAAGAAGAAAUCUGGGGUCUUGGUUUGGCUGUCGUCACUUCCAUGAUUCACUCACUGGGAGACGGUUCCACAUGUGAUGACAUCAUCAAUGAUUUCAUACCCUACAUUUUUGCCGAGAAGGCUUAUGUGGUCUCUCAUUAUCUCAGUGCACCUGAAACGUCGGACAUGCAUACCAAGAAGAGGCCGAGGGAACAAAGUGCACCUACUUCUUUGAUUGCUCUUAAGGAAACAGAGAAUACUCUCACACUGAUGUGUGUGCUGGCAAAACGCAGGGUUUCAUGGGUCAAGGCUACAAAAGACAUGGAUGAUUCACAGUUCAGGGAGAAGAGUAUUCAUCUAUUAGCAUUUAUUAGCCGAGGAGCUCACCACCGCCUUGGUGAGUUUACUGGCAUAAAAGGUUGUCCGCUUGUUUGUCCUCCUGUGGUUAAAGAAGAGUUUGAGUAUUGUGAGAAAGCAUCGUUCGUAAGCAGCAAGCAUGGAUGGUUUGCUCUUUCACCUCACUGUUGUGCAGCAAGUUCCAAGUUCCCUGGUGUCUCAGUGACCAGUACUGCCCUAGUUCUAAAGGGUCAUCAGCCAAAUGGUCUCACGGAUGGUGGUCCUGCUCCGACAUUUUUCUCGGACUUGGUAGCCCUCCAGAUGUAUAGGAUUGCAUUUCUGCUCUUGAAGUUUCUUUGUAUCGAGGCGAAGAGUGCUGCUGAGAGGUCUGUGGAAGUGGGGUUUGUUGAUCUUGCUCACAUACCUGAACUUCCAAUGCCGGAUAUAUUACAUGGUUUGCAGGAUCAAGCUAUCGCUGUCAUCUGUGACAUAUGUGAACCAAAGGUCAUUAAUGAAGAAGCCAGGUCCAUCCCCUCAGUCUUGGUUCAGAUACUGGAGAUGGCGCUAUAUUUGGAGCUCUCUGUUCUGCAGAUCUGCGGAAUAAGGCCUGUGUUGGGGCGUGUGGAUGGCUUUUCAAACGGUGUCAAAAUGUUGUUCAAAGUGAUUGAGGGUCAUGCUUUUCUACAUCCAUCGAUGAAAUCGUUGAAGCAGAUAGUGUCGAUGGUAUACCCGGGAUUGUUGCAAAAUGGAGGCUUCUUGUAG